UGCAACUCUUAAUUCUUAACAUACGAACAAAUAAACGCAUGAGUGGGAGGGCGAACUGAGAAAGUGGGAUCGCGUUCCAUUGUGAACCUAAACUUCACUUUGAGUUGGGUAAAACCCUCUCAGGGGAACAAAACCCUAAGUCGUUGUAGAGAUUAUAAUUUGUAGCAAAGCCCAUCUCAGAGUGAGACUUACGUGGAUCUGAAAAUCGCCAUUGCUUGUUCAAUCAGAUACAGAGUAAACAGACAGAAGAGAGAACAGAGAAAACGAAGAACAGCUCUAGUGUUACGGGUGUGUUUUUUGUUGGGGUGCUGAUCAGAGAUGCCUCCAAAGCAGCCCUCUAAAGCCGAGAUAGCGAAGAAGCAGAAGAUUGUCGAAGACAAGACCUUCGGACUCAAAAACAAGAACAAGAGCAAAAAUGUCCAGAAAUACGUUCAGAGCCUCCAACAAGCCGUACAACCCAAAUCAGACCCCUCUAAGGUCGCCGCAAAGAAGAAGAAGGAAGAAGAUAAGGCCAGAGAGAAAGAGCUGAAUGAUUUGUUUAAGAUUGCUGUCAGUCAGCCAAAAGUUCCAGUUGGUGUUGAUCCCAAGUCCAUAUUAUGCGAAUUUUUUAAGGUAGGGCAGUGCACCAAAGGUUUCAAGUGCAAAUUCUCACAUGACCUGAAUGUUCAGAGGAAGGGUGAAAAGAUUGACCUUUACAGUGAUAAACGUGAUCAAGAAACAAUGGAGGAUUGGGAUCAAGAGACACUUGAAAAGGUUGUGGAGUCCAAGAAGAAAGAGUAUAACCAGAACAAACCUACUGAGAUUGUCUGUAAGUACUUUCUGGAAGCUGUGGAGAAGAAACAAUAUGGUUGGUUCUGGGUUUGUCCAAAUGGUGGCAAAGAUUGCCAUUACAGACAUGCUCUUCCACCAGGAUAUGUGCUAAAGUCUCAAAUGAAGGCUCUCUUGGAGGAGGAGGCCGAAAAGAUAUCUGUUGAGGAAGAGAUUGAAGAUCAGCGUGCAAAAGUAACAGCUUCAACUCCAAUGACCGCUGAGCUGUUCAUGCAAUGGAAAAAGAAAAAGAUGGAAGAAAGAGAGGCUGGCCUUGCAGCUCAACGGGCAGAGAGGGCUAAGAAUGACCGCAUGAGUGGCCGUGAGCUGUUUCUAUCAGAUGCUAGUUUGUUUGUUGAUGAUGCUGAGGCAUGUGAGAAGUAUCAAAGAGAAGAAGAAUCUGAUGCCACUGAACAUAAGGCCCAGGAUGAAUCGACGACAGAUAAGCCAAGUACCUCAACUGCUGCAGUUCCUGCUGCUGUAAACAUGCUUCCUGACGAGGAUGAGGAUGAUGAUGACGAUGAUUUGGACAUGGAUGAGUUAAAUGAGCUAGAAGCAAGCCUGUCAAAAACAUCAAUUAAGAUCUCUGAGCCAGGCAUUGAAACAUCAUCUUGAGUAGCAACGAGGACCUCACCCAUAUCCUCGUCCCUGCCUUUUUUGCCAUUGUCCCUGCUGCAUGCCAACGACCAAGCACCAACAUUCUCCGUGCCAAAAUCUUGGUAUAAAACAGGGAUCCAUGCCAACGACCCUGUGAAAAGGAAGAUAUCUUUUAUUUACAGUGCAGGUUUAUAUUUUGGUUAAUGUGUCCGGUUUGCGAUGUUCUGAGCAAUAAUAAAUUUCAUUUGGGUCUAAAUGGAGUCUAUUUUUUCAUGCAAGGUCUUCUCUACGGUGUUGUAAUAGGAUUAUAGGAGCCAUUUUGGUUGGUUGCGUUUUGUAUUUUUCGUACACAUGAGAACCGGCAAGGCUACCUUUUUUUAGGGACGUCCACUCCUGUCUAUUGAGAGUCCCACCUUGGAACUUGGAAGUAAUUUUUUUUUGGUUUAAUUCCAAAACUCUAUGCGGAGUGUGUCACUUUACCUA